ACGCGUUUUUUAAAGGCAAACAACUUUUCUAUUUGGAAAAAUCGUCACUCUUUACUACGAAUCGAGAUAUUAAUUGAUAAAAUUGAUCACUGUUAAGAUUAGGAAAACUUACACCGACGACAAACAGCGACGUGUAUAUGUUCCGUAGUUACAUGUGCAUGCUCUGGUAAUAUGCAUAUGCAAACAGUGUACGAAUUUAAAAUAUACUUUUGCAGCAUAAAUUGGGCAUAUAUACAACAAUGAACGUUGAUAUUACUUUGUAUACAUUACCAAACAAUCAACCUAUUGUUGCAUUGCAAUGUCAAAAUGUGUUUAAAGCUUUGACACAAAAAGAGAAACUAUACGCUCAUUAUUUGAGUCAAGCUGCGUGGAGUGGAGGAUUGAUAGUAUUAAUACAGACAUCACCAGAAUCACCAUUGAUAUUUACAUUGUUAUACAAAAUUUAUCUUGCGGAACCUAUCAGCGAAUUGAAAGAUACUGCAUUAGAUGCUAAUGUUACCGAAGAUGAGUUUACUGCUUUUUUAGUUUACAGUUGUGGAGUAUUUGCAAAUGCAGGAAAUUACAAAGCUAUGGGAGAUACUAAAAUUAUUCCAAACCUUUCAAAAAAUGCAUUUGAAAUAAUAGUAAAAAACUCAAAAGCUUAUAAGAAUAAUCCUGAAAUACAAAAUAUAUGGAACAAUAUAACAAAACUACUUUAUUCGUUAAAUGGAAAACUAAAAUCAUUGGGACUAGGUGAUAAUGGAGUUACGACUUAUUUUUCUGCUAAUUGUACUCAGAAAGAUGCAGAUAGAGUUAAUGCAUUUAUGCAACAUAAAGGAUUAGAAUCCUAUAAUACUAGAUGUUUUAAAACAUCUGUAUACGAUUUUUCCAGCAAUAGUAACAUCGAUGUAUUUGAAAUACGAUUGGCAUCUGUAGAAACUUCAAAUGAUCCUAACACUACUUUAUUUGAAGAAAUAUACGAAAAUACUAGAUUUAAGGUUACAAGAGGUGAUUACAACAAGCUGCUAGCGUCUGUUGUUGAAAAUUUAAAAAAAGCCAAGGAAUAUGCAUCUAAUCAAAUUGAGAAAGAUAUGUUGGAGAAGUAUAUCGAUCAUUUUAGAACAGGAUCUCUAGUCGACCAUAAAGAUGGUUCUCGUCUUUGGAUAAAAGAUAAAGGACCGACUAUCGAAACCUAUAUUGGUUUUAUCGAAACAUAUAGAGAUCCAGCGGGUCAAAGAGGAGAAUUCGAAGGUUUUGUAGCAAUGGUGAAUAAAGAAAUGUCUGCAAAAUUUACCAUGCUAGUCGACAAAGCAGAAGAUUUAAUUCCUAGACUUCCAUGGAGCAAGGAUUUCGAAAAAGAUUCAUAUCUUAGGCCAGACUUUACCUCUUUAGAUGUUUUAACGUUUGCUGGUUCUUGUAUUCCAUCGGGAAUAAAUAUUCCGAAUUAUGACGAAAUUAGGCAGUGUGAAGGUUUUAAAAACGUAUCACUAGGAAAUGUUAUACCUGCACAUAUGAAAGAUCCAAUAUCGUUUCUUUCUGAAAGCGAUCAGACAUUGAUGCAUAAAUACAGGAUAGCUAGCUUUGAAGUGCAAGUUGGUUUACAUGAACUUCUUGGUCACGGCACCGGUAAAUAUUUUAGGCAAAUAGGACCAGAUACUUUCAACUUCGAUCGCAACAAAGUAAUAAAUCCUCUAAAUGGAAAUAGAAUAGAUAAGUUUUUCCAGAAAGGAGAAACUUACGAUUCAAAGUUUGGCGCUAUGGGAUCCUCCUAUGAAGAAUGCAGGGCUGAAGCAGUCGGUCUUUAUCUGAGCUUAGAGAAGGACGUGUUAAGAAUAUUUGGUCACCAGGGAUCAAUAGCAGAUGAUAUAAUUUAUGUAAACUGGUUGUCCUUGUUAUGGAGUGGUUUUGCGAAAGCUUUCGAAAUGUAUCAGCCUGCUACAAAAACAUGGUCACAAGCUCAUGCUCAAGCCCGUUAUGUUUUGCUCAGAGUGUGUUUAGAAGCUGGUGAAAAUUUUGUCAAUGUUGUGGAGACCGAAAAAGGAAAGAAUCUUCGAAUGACCAUUGACCGAACAAAAAUUUAUACGGUCGGUAAAACGGCUAUCAGAAACUUUCUUGUGAAAUUACAGAUCUAUAAGAGUAUAGGAGAUGUUGAGUCAGCUAAGGAGAUGUAUGAUAAAUACAGUGAAGUACCUGAUAAUGGAAUGUAUCCCUGGGGUCGUUGGAGGGACAUAAUCCUAUCACGUAAAGAACCAAGGAAAAUAUUCGUUCAACCAAAUACAUUUAUUGAUGAUUUCGAUCCGAAUCAUGUGAUACUAAAGAAUUACGAAUCAUCGUUUACAGGACUUAUUCAAUCGUGGAUAGAAAGAUUUCCCAAUCUAGACGUAUCUCAAAUACUAGUGGAACUUUGGAAUAAAGAUAAACAUUAUUUUGUAUAAGAAAUAAUAAAAAAUUUUGAAUUCCAUUGUA